AUGGCCUCAUUCUCGAUCAAUUCCGAAGCUGGCCCUUCAAAGCCAACCUUCACACUAGGUAAUCCUAUAUCUCUUGUGAAGAAAAUAUCAGACGUACAGGAUCAUAUUGAGGAGAAUGACAUCGAUCAUACCGAAGACGAAUCUUUCACUUGCAGACCUUUACGUAUGACACCUCCCAGACCUCCUCGUUCCCUUCGUCGCUCAUUUGACUCGCCAAAUCGUCGAUUUUCCUCCUCAAGUUUAUCCCGUGAUACAAUAACGCAUGACUGGUCACCAUUGAACGUCCGACCCUCACAUCGUAGAGCUUCUUCCACUCGCACUUCUUCAUUCUCUUCCAUUCCACCUUCACCCAUUGAAGUCAUCGAGGAAGAUAGAUGUCGAGUAUCGUUUGAUGCCAUACCAACUUCUCCUUCAAAAUCCACAUUCUCCCCUAUCACAGAGACUGAAGAGCUCGCUAUAUCCAGAACCAAUUCACGUGGUUCAUUCGGUCAAAACAAAGAUGAUCAAGUUACAUUGGUAAAACGGAAAAGCACCAAAAAGAAAGCUAGAUUCCUUGAAUCAGAAACUCAGACUGAAAUAGGAGCAGAAGCUCCAUCAGGAUUUCCCUCAAGAUCCAAUACAGGUUCCUCUAACAAGGUCAACAUAGACAAUUGCGUGCCUUACAUAUCAGCAUUUGCCGACGAAGAUAACACCGAUGUAUACGAAGACGAAGGAUUCAGAAUACCUGUGGAUGAGAAUAUAAGGUCGAUUCCUGGAAUUGUGGGUUUGGGAGAAGGAUGGGCGGGUGGACCACAGAAACAACAAAAGAAAAAAUGGUAUCAACGUAAUAGUCCUAGUCCUCAACAAAUUGAAGAAGAUCCUCUCUCUCUUUGGUCUCAACCUGAUUCCCAGGAAGGUCAAGAUCCAAUCUCUUCUUCACCAUCUUCUUCACCUCUGAGGGGAAUAUGGAAUCGAUCCAAAAAGAAUCUGUUCGGACAAUCUGCUACUGCGCUAGUGACGACUCAUGUAUCACCUCCUAGAUCUCAGAGUAGACUUAAAGGAUUGUUCAGUCUCAGUAAAGUAAACCUCAUCACCUCCGAACGGAAUACCACUCGUAUACCAGCUUCACCUCCGAAAGGUAAAUCGAAAAGAUUCAGUUUAGGAAUGAUCUCAACUUCGGAAAUCACUCUUCAAACACCCCCUUCUCGAAACAUACCAGCUUCACCUUCGAUGCCAGUCCUGGCAUCAAGUAUAGCGACGACGUCUACAUCUGAAACAGGUCUUCAGAACUCGUACACUCAGGAGGGACAUGCAAGCUCGCAGGGCGAUCUUACUGCAUUAGGUGAAGCUAUACCAAGUCGGUCAUCUUCCCUCAAGGCGAACAAAGGUCUUCCACCACCCUGGAGACCAUCUUCCAUGAUCGUCAAUCCUCGCGCAUCCGUGUUAAUCGUCCCUGAUAAUGAAAAACAUGAAGGUUCAGCAUCUUCGACCUCCAUCGAGACCCCUCAAAAUAGUGAUAGCGGUGCGUCAUCCUCUUGGAAGGGUCAUACUUUGACCAGAUCAGCAACUUUUGGUUGUGAGGAUAUAGCUUCUGAGCAGAGAAUGAGCGAAGAAAUUGAUCUACCUGGAUCGGACGAUAGUUGGGUAAAUAUCAGAAAGGACACUCAAAAUCAUGGAGAUGGAAGAUUCACACCUCGUUCGCCGACACAUCACAAUCGAUCUAUACCGAGUCAGAGCAAAAACUCUUGGUUCAAUAAGAUCAAGAACGCUUUUUACCCUUCCAGUCAACAGGAUGGCCCUUCAUCCAGUGAUUCUAUCGGCAAGAAAGUCGAUCGUUUGUUGGUCCAUCGUAAAUCUAGGAAUUCGAAGAGCCUUAAUAUGGCCAAUAACUCUGAUUCUGCAAACACUUAUAUAUCUGGUUUGAGUGAGCCAGUGAUGGAACCUCUAAAGCCAUCAGCCCCUGAUAUGGAAGUUCAGCGACAUUCAAGCAAACAUCGAAGAAGAGCUUCGUGGAUGAUCAGAUCAUCAUCUUCUUUAGCUAAACGAUUAUCGAGAUUGACUGAAAACGAGGAAGAUGAGCAUUCCAAUGGCGAAGAUGUCGAUCGUACGCGUGCUUGCACCCCGAUUGAGCCUGAUCAAAGAGGUCAAAGCGAAAUAGCGAACUUCUUAAACAGAAGACGAUCUUCUAAUUUCUCAUCGAUGGGUUUCAGAUCUAGAAGAAGUAGUAGUGUUCGUUCACUAGAAGAUAUCGGAAGAAUACCAGCAUCUUUAUCAAUGCCUGCAUUAUCAAGAUUGACCACUACCGAUUUAAGUCUUCAUGUCGCUUUGGAAGGCGAAGAAUUAGGAUUGGAUGAUAUCCUAGAUCAGACUAAAAGAGAGAGUAUAAUAUCUUCACUUGGUUUUGGAUAUUCCACACCCAAUCUGUUCCAGACCCAAACCCAAGCGCAAAUGCAAACGAAACAGCAAGCUUUACAAUCUACUUUUGCAACUUUAUCAGGGUCAUCAUCUGAUCCAGCCUCAACGUCCAACGAGGUCACUGCCACUAAUCCCUCUUAUAAAGAUAAAAUGAUAGCGAAGCAUCAUUCAUUACCACUUCGUACAUCAUACGAAAAACAUCAAAGAAACACGACUGUGUCUUCGAUCGGUAGUUCCAUAUCACCAUCUAUCAUGACACCCAGACAUCCAAAUCAGAUGUCUACUUUCCUCGAUGCUUUAACCCUACCAAUCAACAACGUACAACAUACCAGUCCUCCUAAUAGCCAAAGCGAGAAUCCGACAUUGCUAGGUGCCAAUUUACAAAUGCCUAAAAGAAACAGUGUAUCGACUGCUAGAUUUUCGAUGGACAGUUAUAUAACUCAACCUUCAUUGUAUGAUACGGAAGAAGUCGUUCAUGCUACUGCGAUUAGAGUAGAUGCAAUAGAAGACAUGCAAAAGAAAGCCAGUGUGCUUUCACUAGAAGAAUUAGGAAAGAAUUGGCCACAGAUCAUCAAAAAUUAA